AUGUCUAGCAUACCUACGUAUCAGAAAGCUCUCGUUACCAAUGGCCCCAAAAAAGCCGCCCUAGUAACGGACAGGGCGAUUCCUGCCCUGCGCGAUGACUACCUCCUUGUCCGUGUGGUAUCCGUUGCUCUAAACCCGACAGACUGGAGGCACAUUGACUUUCUCUCGCCGCCAUCCCUGCUAGUAGGAUGUGACUACGCGGGGACCGUGAUAGAAGUCGGCAAGGACGUCAAAAAGCCGUGGAAGAAAGGCGAUCGAAUUGCCGGUGUUGCUCAUGGGUGCAAUGCCGGCCAGCCGGAGGACGGAACCUUCGCAGAAUACAUCGUGGUGAAAGGAGACAUCCAGUUCCAUAUCCCCGAUCAUUUGAGCUUCCAGGAAGCCUGUACCCUGGGAGUUGCUGUGGGUACAUCCCUUCUGGGGCUGUACCAGGGUUUGCACAUGGCACGUCCAGCGACCCCUAUUUCGCACAUUGAGCCAGUGCUGAUCUACGGGGGAUCGACGGCCAGCGGGACAAUUGCAAUCCAGUUUGCCAAACUGUCCGGCUACCAGGUCAUUACGACAUGCUCUCCGCGGAAUUUUCACUUGGUACGAGAUCGGGGAGCGGACGCUGUAUUCGAUUACAAUGAUCCUGCCGCGGCGGCUCAAAUCCGCACAUUUACCAACAAUAGUCUCAAGCUCAUUCUUGAUACUAUUGCUGUGGAGGCUACGGCCCGGUUCUGCAGCGAAGCGCUGUCCACUGAAGGGGGCAGCUACGUGAGUUUACGGCCUGCUCAGGUCCCCCGGGAAGAUGUGAGAUCCAGCAGCGUUCUCACCUACACUGUGAUUGGAGAGCCCUUUAGUUUUGGGCCGAAACAGCUACCUGCAAACCCUCAAAGUCGUGCCAUCAUGGAGGAGCAUAUUGCAUUUGUUGAAGGCCUUCUAGAUAAGAAGAGACUGAAGCCACAUCCGCUACUGGUUGGUGCUAAUGGGCUGGCUGGUGUUUGUGAGGGAUUGGAUCGGAUGAGGAUGGACGCUGUUAGUGGUCAGAAACUGGUGUAUAAUGUCUCCGAGACUCCUUGCGUAAUAGACACCUCAACCUGCUAG